CGGCUGCCGGCGGCGGCACCGGGGCCGAGCCGGCGCGGCGAACCGGUCGGCGAACGCCGCGAGCGUUGGCGGCCCGCUUCUGCUCCCCACCCCGCGCCUUGCGCGGCGGCGGCGGGGGAGUAACGGAGCCGGGAAGGGCCGGGUGCGAUGGGCACGCCGGCGGCGAAGACCUCGUCCUGCAGCCGCGCCAUGAGUAGAGUGAAAAUGAAUGUGUUGCCUCAAGCGAUCCUACAAAGCCCAGGGGAGCAUCCCAGGUUCAUAGAGCAGACUGUUUGCCCCUCAUUAGACUUUGCAAGGAUUCAUUUGAUCAAAGACAAAGAUGGCAUAGAUGAUUAUUUGGCGAAGAAUAUCAAAGGGUUGUCAAAACAAGAAGCUGCUGCUAACAGGAAUUCAUACAAGAAGAACAUCUGCAUAGACAUGCUGCGACAGGGUUAUCACGAGUCCUUCUCCGAGCUCUUCACUCUGAUACAGAAGUGGAAUGCCUUGAGGGAGGCUGCAGGGCCUGGGUCAGCCAUAUGGCAGCAGAAGUCCCUGGAGGAGCAGCCUGAUAAGCUGGAUCAGCUUUACCACUUCCUGACCAGGGCUGAGGCAGCCCAGCGAGCAGGGCGCUAUGAGGAGGUGUAUGAUAACCAGCUUAACUUGGCCUACUGUUUCAAUGACCCUGAGGACAAAUGGUUAAGUAAUUACUUUUAUGAGCAAUGCUUUAACACUGCUCAACUAAUAAAAAUCGAUGGUGGGAAAAGAGAGGCACAAGCACAUGCAAAUAUGGGCCUCAUCAAUGAGGAACAAGGUCAUGUCAUGAAAGCUGCUGAGCAUUAUGAAGCAUUUUAUCAGCUAACAGAGGGUUCGACAUGGAAGGAUGAGACAGGCCAUACUUACAAUUCACUGGCGUGUGAGCAUCUCUGGAGAAUUUAUACAUUACUAGCAGACAAAAUGCUAGAAAAUAAAGAACACCAACAGGCCAUCAAAACGCUAAUAAAAGCUUUAAAAAUGGCAAAAGAAGGAGGUGAUACGACGAUGGAAGGAGAAGCUGCAUAUUGCUUAAGUUUAGCAUAUCAUUUUGCUGGAGAACAACAGACAGCGUUAUCAAAUUUGAAGACCUCUGUAAAAAUCUUCACAGCACUUUGUGAUUCUGCUGGCCUAGGCAGAGCAUAUGCAGCUAUAGCCAAGAUCCUGGUAAGUCAGGGAAAAGUGGCUGAAUCGAUUAAGUACUUGGGAGAGUUUAUGAAGACUGCCGAGAAUGUUCAUCUAAGCCAAAGCCUGGUGGAUGCAUGUGUAUUACUUGGGAAUAUUUACAAUGAAAGAGGCAACUAUAAUGAAGCUUUUGAAAAUUUCAGUCAGGCUUCUGAGGCAGCAAAAACUUUAAAUAAUUUGCCCUUAGUGGAUGAAACAAAGACUUAUUAUGGCAUUGCAAAGGCUCAUAAACUGAUGGUGGCAUUUAACAGCCAUAUAGAAGCAGAGGAUCCCGUCAGCCUCAAGUACCUGCUGGCAUGGAAGGAGAACAGAAGUGACAUGUGCACUGACCCUCUUACAGUCGAGAAUGCCUGCUUACUCACAGAGAAGCUGAUAGAUGUAUAAUGAGUACAGGAAGAUCAUUGAAGAGCCAUGCAACAAAGUAGGAAUUUUGGUAGGAAUUUUCUCAUUUAAAUGGGAGCACAAUGUUGCGGUACAAAUAUCUGAGAGCUCUAAGUUCUUUUAUGACUGAAGUGUGCCUUCAAUAUGUAUUACAUGCUUUUAUCAAAAAUAACUGGUGUCAUUGAAAUAAAUACAAAAGAAAAAGCGUAUAUAGAAUAGAAAGGUUGCACUUUGUGCCCCUAAUGCUUAUUGUCUUCCAAAGUGUCAAGAUCCUCCUGUUAAGAUAUUAAACAUCCUUUAUACCUACUGAAUGGGAAUCCAAGAUGCUCAAUACCUUGUAAGAUCAGGUUCUAAAUGCAUCUGGAGAGUUUUCUUUAAAUCGCAGAUUAUUGUCUCUUUCAGAAAAAAUAAACUACAAGCUUGGUGCCUUAUUCAUAGGCUAUCAGUGAUUUUAGCAUCUGUGCUUAACAGUUGUGGUUCAACUGCAACUUGAAUGAAAUAGAUCCAGCCUGGGUGGCACACUGUGGUGCAAUUUUGAUCUAAUCUAUAACACAGGUUGGACCCAAAACACAACUAAGUUUGUUUAAAAUCUGGUUGAGCACACUCAUGAAGCUGUUGAAAGCCUGUACAAUCAAAGCUUUUGAAAUACCAUUGACAGUCUCAAGUGCAACAUCAAUCUAUAGGCACAGCUGAAACAACUAUAUUUAACAAUGAAAGUGCAUCUUGUAGAAUACCUGUAUGUCACAUUUUCAAAAUUGAACCCAAAAUUCCCCUUUUAGCAAAGCCUGUGUUCAUUCACACCAUCAGGUAAACUAAAAUUCUGCCUAGAUUCUUUUUGGUAAAUAAUCUGAAGCACUGAUUUUGGAGUGUGUGUGGAGAAUUGUCUCCCAUUUUGAGCUGAUUAAAUUCUUGACAGUGGUUUCCUCACAUGACCGACCCACAGAAGUCUGACUCCUGUGGUCUUCACUGUCCUCAAGAGGGCAUUUUCCAGCUACCAUCGCUGUUGGCCCAAAGAGAUAGAGGACAGAAGAUGGUGGUUAUCACUUUGCAAAAUAUACGUAAAAGCAGGAUUUGGAACCUUUGAAUUUUAUUUAGGAAAAUUCAUGCGAACUUUCCUAAUUUCAUGUAUUAGAAAACCUGUUGUUUCAAACUAUGCUUUUCAAACAAAGCUUUAUGAAUCCCAAUAGUCAACCAUUUCUUUCUUUAAACGGAGGUUUCCAGAUUCGGAGUUUGAAGCAAGGUCCAUUAGACUUGUAAUCAGUUUUUAUGACAGUCUUUGAGAAAGCAAUAGCUUUUGCCAUAGUAAUAACUCAAUUCACUGGUUUUCUUCAGGAUUGCAAUUUAAGUAACUGGUUGACAUGUGACAAUAGGAUUUCUCCCUGUUAAGGUAUGGUAAAAAUGUAUCAUUAUUAUCAUUAACUUGCUCUUAUUAGACCAUUUUUGAUCAAGAUGCUGUGUACAUGCAAUGUAAAUACAAAUACCUCAAUAAUUUUAUUUUACUUAGAGGUCUGUAUCAUCUGAACACCAAGCUUAUUACAGCAAUGUUCAUUUAGAAUGUUUUUACAAGGCUGAAAAGUUGUAUAGGAAUGUUCCUACAUGCAAUUAGGCACAUAAGCAUACAAAUCUCUUUACUGAGUGUUAAAAAGAGGCAAACAUUUUAUGAAAACCAGGAAGAGAAACAGGACCAUGAUUUAAAUAUAAAUAAUAACAGUAUCCAGUUUACCCCUUGUAUUUUAAUGCUAUUGAUAUGAAAUACGAAAAACAUUACAAAAACAGCACAAUUUCACAAAUAAUAUCUGAAAAUCACAUUAAUCUGCAAACUCUCCUAAUCUUGAUAAGUAUAGCAGGACUGCUUGUAAGAGAUUGCUUUUUUAGAUAUUUGGAAUUUCUUUUAUCAGAAUAUUGUUGAAAGAAAUGGCAUAUUUUAAUUUAUCCUUCAUAGUAAAAAAAAAUAUAAAAUAACAUAAACUAAGCAGACAUUCUAGAAAAGACGAUUAUCAAUUUUUCAAGGGCAAGUUUCUAAAUACUUAAGGGUUUUGAACCUCACGUACAUUUCUGCAGUAACUGAACAUUCUGUGUAUGUGUCCCAAAAGUUAUUAUGCAGUUACAUUAAAUAGCAUUCAUGAUCAUCACUAUUUUUUGCCAAUCUGCACUCAUUACUAAGUGAUAACUUUUGUAUGCUUGUGAAAAAAUGGCCACAAAUUAAUCCUUUAGAGCAUUAACUCUCCCAUACUUUUAACGAUACUUUUUAGUCCUAAAGCUUUUAAUAAAAAUAAGGGGACUUUUAUCAUCCUAUAAUAAUGUAAAUGCAAGUUGUGUUCUUCAGGGUCAGGAAGCUUCAGGAGAAAAUUAUGUUUAUUGAGCUAAAUGUACCUGCUUCCCAUCCCAGUAACGAUUGGUCUGACGAGUAACUAUCUGUCUGGCAGAAUGCAGGCGUUCUGCUCCUUGCAGACUUUUUCAGCGGGAAAACGAAGGCUCUGCUUUCCCCUUCAAAUUAGUGGGGCAAGGAGGUUGGGCAGAAGGUUGUUCCGUACGUUAUACUUUGAACAGGAUCCUGGAAUAAACCUCUCAGCUGUCAGAAGCAGUCAGAGUUCCAUGGGUCACGGGCAGGCCUCGGUGAAAUGCCUCGCAUGAUCCAGCUGAAAGCACAGUGCUCACUGGUACUUGGCUGCAGUUAUCAACUCGGUAUUUCUUUAGAAGAAAAAUCACCACUUACUGAAUUACCAGCAUUUCUUCCAACAUCACUAUCCUUUGGUGAUCUUUUGCCAGACAUAGUCCUGCUCAUCAGGUCUCCUGAGAUCAGAGCUCAAAUUAGUAUAAUGGAACUUCUGUACUUUGUCUCUUUACGUGAGAGAUGUGCUCUAAUUUCUUUAAGGAGCUCCUCAUAUGGAACAGAAUUAUUCUCCCCUCUGCCUGGUUCAUUACCAUUGUAAUCCUUCCUGCAAGUUUUUUCCAGAAAGCCUCUAAUCCCCUGACCCUUAAGACUUUGCAAUCAGAAAGGAGGACUCAUGAGAGAGUAUGAAUUGCAGUUGCAAGUUUUUCUGUGCUCUGAGAAAUUAUAGGCAUAGUUGACUUUAAUGAAGUUAGGAAAGCAGGUAAAUCACUUUAGCCUACAAUGCCAGUUGUCUGUUUCAAAACAAAGACUCGUCAAACAUAUUAUAGCAGAUGAAUCUCUGAAUAGUUCUGAAGUGUAAUAUUGAUGUCUCUAAAAUCUACGUCUUGUGGGUGCCUAAGGUAUGCGAGACUGGCAAGUAAGACCGCUUUUUGCAUAGUGUUUUAGCAGGUUUCACUGUGGAUGUAUCAGAUGGUAUUGACUAACAAUUCAUAACAGAGGGGAAGGUUGUACCUCAGAAAGGAUUCUGUUUAUAAUUAUGAAAAGCAUGUUUUCUGACCAUUAAUAGGGUAUAUCUUGUUAAUUAUGAUGAUAUAUAAGGUAUUUCACCUGUGAAGCCAUUUAGAAAAUUAAUGUUUGAGUCACAUAAAGGUCAUUGCCAUUCUGGAAGGAAUCCAUUCAUCUCGUAAUAGGCCAUCCGAAUAUAGACUAAUAAAUACACUAUAUAUAAUUACCUAGAAAUAGAUGGAAUAAAUAAGAUCAAUUAUAGGUAUUACUAAAACCACACUUCAGUUUCCUGCAAGGAAAAAGUAGGGUGUAACUGGAAGAAACAAUAAUAUACAUGUAAAAAUGCAAGAAAUAGGUUAAAGCCUUAAGUAGUUAUGUGAGAUUCAGCUAUUACACAUGAGGUGAGAACUCAUCAGCCUUCAGAAGUGGUGUACAUCAAGGACUUUGUCCUGAGAUUCAGUCAGGUAUUUCUGAAGACAGGUCCUACAAAGAAAAGGA